AUGAGUGCUGCCUUCACAAGGAGUGCUGCCUUCGCAAGGAGUGCUGCCUUCGCAAGGAGUGCUGCCUUCGCAAGGAGUGCUGCCUUCGCAAGGAGUGCUGCCUUCGCAAUGAGCGCUGCCUUUGCAGGGAGUGCUGGCUUCACAAGGGGUGGUGCGUUCGCAAGGAGUGCUGCCUUCGCAAAGAGUGCUGCUUUCGCAAGGAGUGCUGCCUUCGCAAGGAGUGCUGCCUUCGCAAUGAGGGCUGCCUUUGCUGGGAGUGCUGCCUUCGCAAUGGGUGGUGCCUUCCCAAGGAGUGCUGCCUUUGCAAGGAGUGCUGCCUUCGCAAGGAGAUAUGCCUUCGCAAGGAGUGCUGCCUCCGCUAGGAGUGCUGCCCUUCUAAGGAGAGCUGCCUUCGCAAGGAGUGCUGCCUUCGCUAGGAGUGCUGCUUUCGCAAGGAGGGCUGCCUUCACAGUGAGUGCUGCCUUUGCAGGGAGUGCUGCCUUUGCAGGGAGUGCUGCCUUCGCAAGGAGUGGUGCCUUCGCAAGGAGUGCUGCCUUCGCAGGGAGUGCUGCAUCCGCAAGGAGUGCUGCCUUCGUAAGGUGUGCUGCCUUCGCAAGGAGUGCUGCUUUUGCAAGGAGCGCUGCCAUCUCAAGGAGUGCUGCCUUCGCUAGGAGUGCUGCCUUCGCAAGGAGGGCUGGCUUCGCAAAGAGGGAGUACUGCCUUUGCAACGAGUGCUGCCUUCCAAUGAGUGCUGCCUUUGCAAGGAGUGCUUCCUUCGCAAGGAGUGCUGCCUUCGCAAGGAGUGCUGCCUUCGCUAGGAGUGCUGCCCUCGCAAGGAGGGCUGCAUUCGAGAGGAGGGCUGCCUUCGCAGGGAGUGCUGCCUUCGCAAGGGGUAAUGCCUUCGCAAGUAGUGCUGCCCUCUCAGGGAGCACUGCCUUUGCAACGAGUGCUGCCUUCCAAUGA